AUGGCGGCUCGGUGUGAUUGUCUGUUUUUGUUUUUGAUACUGUCGACUGUACACACACAAGUCGUAUCAAACGGGCAAGCACAGCUUGUGUACAGCUGGAAAUCCCUGGAUUAUUCUUGGCCAAAUGAAACUGUCAAGCAUUCAUACAUCAUAAACAAACAAUUCAUAGUUGAAAAUAAUAUUAUUUCUGGAAUUAAAGUCUUGGAUGGAAACGUUUACGUCACCGUUCCCAGAUGGAGGCCCGGUGUCCCAUCAACGCUGAAUAAGGUCAUUACCGACCCUACAAAUACUGAAGAAAGUAUUUUGGAACCAUACCCUAACUGGGAAAUGCAGACAUUGGGUGACUGCAAUGCCCUUCAGUAUGCUCAGAGCAUGGAAGUUGACCCUAACACAGGGUACAUGUGGAUAAUAGAUGUUGGACGUACAGACACCCUGACGAACCAUCCACAAAACCUAUGUCCAGCAAAACUCAUCAUCUACGACGUCCGAAAUGACCAGCUUAUUCACGUGUAUGAGUUCCCCGAUGCCGUUGUAUCCAGAACAUCUAAUCUUAUCAACGACCUUGUUCUUGAUUACGUUAAUGGUGCCGUCGCAUUUGCUUAUAUAACUGACCCAGGCGACGUCAAGUUGAUUGUGUACGACCAUGAGACGGACUGGUCCUAUUUCUUCCAACAUCCAUCUAUGGAAGCAGAACCAGAUACCGCGGCGAUCGUGGCAGUGGAAGACAAUGAUAUGACAACGAGAAUGAAUAUAAACGCAAUAGCCAUGAGUUAUGACUUCCGGCUUGUCUAUUAUUUCCCAUUGCAAGCAUACUCGAUUUACAGGGUGUCGACAGAUGUGCUUAGGAACCAAUCAUCAAUCUUCUCUGUGGAAACAGUUGGCCAAAGAAAUCAGCUGACCGGUGGGAUGGUGGCUUCAGAUCAAGCAUUGUAUAAUGGCGGACUGACCAUGAAUGCUGUUUAUAAGUUGCCUUUUGGGCAGUUUGAUAACCAGAUAACGCUCUUGUCCAAUGACCCUGACCUUCGUUGGGUGGAUGCAUUAGCCAUAGAUGUACAACAGAAUCUUUGGUUUACUGCCAACAGUUUGGACUUAUUUCUGGUCGAAGAAAUGAAUUUUACGAAAAUUAAUAUGCACAUUUGGAAAAUUCCGAUUGGCGAAAAUGUGUACAUUUCUGAUGCAAAAUCUCGGACAAUGGCAUAA